AUGAUUAAAGAUGUUAACUCAAUGGAAUGUGUUUUUAAACAUAAGGAUUGUUCAGUUCUAAUGGUGCUUGAUAAAUAAAAAUUCAAGUUAAAAGAAAGAUUGAUUUGUGCUGAUUGCUUAGAAGAACAUAAAGGAAACUAAAAUAUAACCUUAAAUGAUGAAUUAGUAUAGAAUUUUAAUUAUAUUUAGGAGAAGUUGAGUAACUAAAUUAAUACUUUAAGAAAAUAAAACAUUUAUGAAAUUGAUUAAUUUACCAAAUACUUAUAUAAAUUAAAAGAAAACCUAAUAAAAGUUGUGGACAUUGUAAUAGUGAAUUCACAUUAAUGUAAAGAUGAACUAAAUAAAAAUAAUGAAGAUUCAUGGGAUGAAGAAUAAUUAUAUUUAGAAGCAGAGAGAAUAAAUAAAAUAAAUAAAAAUUACUAAAAUAAAUUAGUAAGUUCUGUUUCUAUAAUCAAAUAAAUUAUAAAUAUAAUAGAAAAAGAAACAGAUAACUUAAAGAAUGUUUUGGAAGAAACCAUAUAUUAUGAAGAACUUAAACCAAUAAAAAAAGUAUAAGUAAAUCCCAUAGAGUGUCCUAUUGGAUCUAUUUUUGACAAGCGUCCUCCAUAAAGAGAGAUAACUUAUCAUUAAAUUUAAGAAGUGUAUUAAGAAUAAUGGUGUUUUGCCCUUGCAUUCAAUAAAUAAGGUUCAAUAAUGGCUGGAGCAUCUAAAAAAGAUAUAAAAAUUUGGAAUUUUGAAAAAGGAUAAUUAAGAGAUUCAGGAGUAACCUUAAAAGGUCAUAAUUUAGAUGUCACUUGUAUUAUUUUUAGUAAAAAGAUGAAUUGGUUUAUAACUGGAAGUAUAGAUUGUAAGAUUAUAGGAUGGAAAAAGAUGAUUAAUUCAAUUUAUUGGGAACCAUCAUAACCUUGUGACACUUAGUCAAUUGUAUGGUGUUUAUUAUUAAAUUAAAGUGAAAAUUUAAUAUUUUCUGGUCAUUCUAAUGGAUCAAUCAAGGUUUGGACUUUAAAUACAGAUAAGAAUUAAUUGAUGUUUCAUUAUUAGCUUAAUAAGCAUAGUAAACAUAUUGGUUAGAUGAGUAUGAAUGAAGAUGAAACACAAUUAGUCUCAUGUAGUGAUGAUAAAACAAUAAUAGUUUGGGAAAAGAAAGCAAAUGAAAGAAGAUUUAAGUUUAAGUAAGUUUUAGAAAAUCUGAAAAAUGACAAUGGAUUUAGAGUUUGUUUUUUAAAUAAAGAUACAAUUGCUUGGUGCCAAGAAAAUUAGGGUUCUAUUCAUAUAUAUAAAUAAGAAGUAGAAAAAUUUGUAGACAAAAAAGAGUUGCAAAUUAACUUAAAGAAUUUAGACUUAAAAGAUGGAUAAUCCUUAUUUCCUUCUAUUUAUAAUAAAGCUAAGUAAAUAUUUAUAAUAAAGCAUAACAAAUAUGUUAAUAUCUUGAGCUAUCAAAAUUAAUCAUUUAAUGUUUAAAUCGAACCAAUUGAUUGUAGAUCUUGCAAAAAUUAUGGAAAUAUUACCGAAGAUGGAAACUAUUUAAUAGUUUGGAAUGAUUAAACUUUAUCAUUUCAUGUUUACGAAUUGAAAUACCAAUGA